AUUACGAUUCUGGACUUUCACUUUGAAUUUUACAUCUCCAAACUUCUCUUAUCACAAUCCACCUUGGUCAAUCCCACUACUAAUUUCUUCUUACCUCUAUAAAACCAUUUUCCCAACUACCCACAUACUUUCAUCCUUUUGCUUUCGUCCAUCACCGCUUUGACCCCAACCUUCCCGGUGACUCGAUUGGUAUUGCGGGGGUACCCCUUAGACGGCAUUAUCAUAUGCGGUCGGAAUAUGACGUGUGAGCCUUCGAUACACCAAGCCGAAAACCUCAGGAUCUCUUGGAAAUCACAUCAUACCUAGCAAGAGCGACUCUACCAUCCCCUUGGAGGAUUCUUCAUCGUCACUCCCGUCCCGCCACCUGGACCUCAACUCCUUCACAAUGUCUACCGACGCGGCGCAACCCCAACCACGCCGAAUCCCUCGAUUCCCCUCCAUCAAAAAUGCCCGACCGAGACAACAUCGAUCCUCGGCCGCGUCUGCUCCUCAUGGCUCUCCGUCUCGCGAUCCAACCCCACCAUCUACUCGAGGCACCCUACUCCCCACUCCUGGAGCCAGCCGCGAUGACGCAGCAUACAAUCAAGCCCCACCUCCGAAGAAACCGAACAAUUCGGGUCAUCCUGCUACCAGUCAGCCAUGCCCGGAGUGUGGUGAGAGGGAGGUCAUCGAACACGACGGUGAGAUUGUUUGCACCAUGUGCGGAACGAAGAUCGCGGACGCCAAUAUUGUCGCGGAUGUCAUGUUCGGUGAGACGUCGACCGGUGCGGCAGUAGUGCAGGGAGGUUUCGUCGGCGAGUCGCAGCGAUAUGCAAAGACGAUGGGCACUGCCUUUAGGAAGGUCGGAGGAGGAACCGACAGCCGAGAACAAAGCAUGCGGAUCGGUCGAGACGAAAUUACAAGAUUGGCGGCGGCUUUAAACCUCCACGCCCAAGUGGAAUCCGCCGUUGGAAUCUACAGCUUGGCCCACACGAACGGUUUUAUCCAGGGUCGUCGCACCUCUCUGGUUGCGGCCGUGUGCCUCUAUGCCGUUUGCCGACGCGAUAACAAACACGAUUUCAUGAUGCUGGAAUUUGCGGAGAAGCUCAAAAUCAACGUCUACGUCAUUGGCGAUACCUACAAAGCAUUGGUCAAGAAACUGUAUCUCUUCGACUAUGAGAAUGGAAGCUCGAACGAUAAGAAGGAAUUUUCACCGAUUCUCAACCUCGUGCCUCUUAUCGAGAAGUUUGCCGGGCGAUUGGAGUUCAAAGACUCCUAUUUUCAAGUCGUUUCGGAUGCGAGCUUGAUUCUUAGUCGCUUCAAACAGGACUGGAUGGUCACGGGGCGGACUCCAGCAGGUUUGAUCGGUGCGUGCAUCAUUCUUGCUGCACGUAUGAACAAUUUCCGGCGAACGGUUCGAGAAGUCGUCUAUGUGGUAAAGUCAUCCGAUGCCACCAUCCUAAGCCGACUCCUCGAAUUCCAAAACACCGUCAGCAGCAAGCUUAACGUGGAUCAAUUCCGACAAUAUGCGGAUAAGCUGAAGAUUCAACAUAAUCCGCCUGCGAUCCAGAAGAGCAAGGAAAAAUCCGAGCGGCUGGAAAAGCUCAAACGUAAGCGGCAGGGAGAAGUGGAUCAAGACGAGGUGCAGCAAACGAUUGAGGCGGCCGAGAUGCUCACCCAAUCCUCUUCAUCCUCAUCAUCAUCUUCAUCAUCCACUGCGGCGCAGAAGGCGGUCAAGGCUAAGCCAGGAAGGCCUAAAGGCUCGAAAACAAAACGGACUAAAGAAUCGGAGCCAUCGCGGAAGAAGCGGAAGCUUGAUAAAGAUGGAUUUCUUAUCCCCCCCCUUCCAACUCCGGCAUCGUCCAUGAGCGUCUCGCGUUCCGCGACGGCCGAAUCGGCUCACGACGCCGCAUCCCAGACGGAAGACGACAUGGACCGCGCCCCGACACCCAUGUCUCUUGCAAGCGAUCUCUCCAUGACGGUUGAAGAGGCCUUCGCAGUCGCGUCCGUUAUGACCAAUGAAGCUGCAGGCCCGAAGCUGCCGGGGCGAAAGAAGCGCAAGAGGUCCGACGAAGAUCGCGUCAACAUCAUCAUCAACGACGAAGACCUCAUCGACGAGAACGACACCCUCGAACGGGACAUCGAAGAGUAUAUCCCCGAAUUGUUCAAAUUCUCCGAAGACCUCAUCACCUCGGCUGCCACUCGUGCCAAAGUCCAAGCGGAGCACCUCCGCGGUACGAGCAGCGUCCUCGACAGCACGGAGAUCGGCGAAGACGAGUUUGAAGACGACCCCGAAGUGGCCAAUUGUCUCCUGUCCGAACCCGAAAUCCGUGUCAAGGAACGCGUCUGGGUCACGCACAACAAGGAAUGGAUGCUCGCGCAGGCCAAGAAGAUGAUCCAGAAGGAACUCGAGGAGCGCGAGAUGGCCGAGAACGGCGGCAAGCGGCUCGUGAAGCGGCGCCGCAAGAUGGGUCGCAUGGGAGACGGGAGCGUUCUGGAGGGCGGAAAACCGGUCACGAACGCGACCGAGGCGAGCGCGCGGAUGCUAGCGAAGCAUUCGAAGAAUUUCCUGUCGAAACAUGUUCACUGGGACAAGCUGAUGUCGAUCUAUGGAGGGGAUGAGGAGGCUCGUGCGCCGUCAGUUACUUCGGGUGCUCCGUCCGUUGCGGCGGGCGAGGCAGGAGAGCCUGGACAGGCCGCCGUCGGGAUUGGCAGGCAUCCGGACGAAGAGAUCCUGGAAGAGUUCGCGUCCGAUGAGGAGGACGAGGAGGAGGAUCGUAGGCCCGCUGCAAAGGGCGACGAUGAGGAAGAGGAAGUGGAGGAGAGUGGCGAGGAAGAGGACAUGGGUGAAGAGGAUGAGGAAGUCUAUGAUGACGAGGAGUUCUACUAGUUUGGGGGCUGUCCUAGUGACCAAAGUGAGGAGGCAUUGGUAGAGACUGUCGUUACGAAUUUCCUUGCUCGGGAACCACCAACUAUGGGUCCAGUAUCAGCAUGUGUUGGAGUUGGGAGUUCUGUAGCAUUUCCCGGAGGGGAGCAUUUGCAUCGAGAUUGAUGCCGGAAUGCCUACUUUAUCAUGAACGCUAGCAAGUACUAUAGCCUGGAUAGUUCAAUGCACUCAAAUUCACUAUC